UAAUAACUUGCACGUGUAAAUUCACGUUCUUUAUAAUUAAUAUGACCAUUGGCCCAUACUUCUCAUUUAGCAAAUACAUUGUUGGUGUAUGUUGUUGUUAGACAUAAAUGUAAAUUCCAAUGUGAACGUUUUUAAGUAAUUGUAUAUAGUUUUUACAUAUUUAUUCCAAAAUGGAUAUGCGUGAUAUAUUUGUGAAAUUAGUGAAGGGCGCUAAGUUCACUAAAAAAAGAACCAAUUCUAAUUCACAUAUGUCUCGAACUCAGGUCACAAAAGUUGAACCUAAGACGGCAGUAAAGUCAGAACCGGUAGAAAGUGCCGAAAGGCCGGAUUCAACAAAUUGCAUAGAUGAAGAAAAUAGUGACAGGACCAUUUCUUUAUUGGGUUCUAUUUCAGCAACUGAAAACGGUAAUAUCAUGAGACGUAAAAGGAAAAGGAAGGUAAUAACCGAAGAACUGCAGGACAAAUUGAAGCAAGAAGAGAUUAAUCAUUACAGAAAUUUAAAUCUUAUAAGUGUGGUUGGAAGAAAUGUUCCAGCUCCCAUUAAGUGUUUUGAAGAAUUGAAAUCAACGUAUAAUGUUGACUCAUUGCUUAUGCAAAAUUUGCAAAGCUGUGGAUAUGAUGAUCCGACAGCUGUACAAAAGCAAGCAAUGACGGCUAUGCUUGAGAAACGACAAAUUCUGUGUUGUGCUCCUACAGGGUCCGGAAAAACUAUGGCCUUUAUGUUGCCUCUUCUAAAUCAUUUAGGAAGAGCUGAAAAACGGGGUUUUAGGGCUGUGAUUCUUUGUCCAACCCGAGAGUUAGCAAAACAAAUAUUAAGAGAAUGUUUACGUCUCAGUGAUGGUACUUCUCUUAAACCUCAUUUUAUUUACAAAGCCCAGCAGGAAGCAAAAAGAUACAGUGCUAAAACAUUCAUGAAGUUUGAUCUAUUGAUUACAACACCUAAAAGACUUUGUUUCAUGUUGAACCAAGAUCCGGUCUUAAUUUCCUUGGAAAAUGUUGAGUGGUUAGUAAUCGAUGAAGCGGAUAAGUUAUUUGAGACUGGUAUUCGAAGUUUCCGAGACCAAUUAGAUAAGAUUCUCUUAGCAUGUUCUAAUAAAAAUAGAAAAAUAGCCCUGUUUAGUGCCACUCAAACUCCAGCUAUUUCCAAAUGGGCCAGGCACAAUAUGAAAGGUCUCAUUAAUAUCACAAUCGGACAAAGAAAUUCAGCUGCUGAUACAGUUGACCAAGAGCUACUUUUUGUAGGUGAUGAGAGUGGAAAAUUAUUAGCAGUUCGAGAUUUGAUAAGAAAAGGCAUCAAGCCACCAGUAUUGGUAUUUGUACAAAGUAAAGAACGUGCUCAGGAGCUUUUUACUGAACUUAUCUAUGACGGGAUAAAUGUAGAUGUUAUCCAUGCUGACAGGACGGAGACACAAAGAGAUAACACAGUGCGUGCAUUUAGGGAAGGUCGUGUAUGGGUCCUGAUAUGUACCGAAUUGAUGGGUCGAGGAGUAGAUUUUAGUGGGGUCAAUUUGGUACUGAAUUAUGAUUUUCCUACUUCGGCCAUCUCUUAUAUUCAUCGUAUUGGUCGUACAGGCAGAGCUGGUCAGAGAGGAAAAGCUAUUACAUUUUAUACUCAAAAUGAUGUUGUUAACUUAAGAAGCAUAGCACGAGUUUUACAAUCAUCAGGUUGCAAAGUUCCAGAGUAUAUGUUAACACUUAAAAAGACUUCAAAGAAAAAUAAAAAAUUGUUAAAAACAUCUGCACCAAAGAGAGACGGAAUUCUUACCAUUCCAAAUUAUGAAAAAACUAAAAUUAAGAGGAAAAGGCAGCGUUUAGAAAAAGCAAAAUUAGAAAUAGUUGGAGUUUCAUCAUCAGAUGAGGAAACUUUAUCCAAACCCAGGAGGCCCAUGAAAAGACCAAAAAGUAGCAAAAAUUUAUCAGCAAAAGGCAAAGAACAAAGUCAAAGUUUUAAGCACAAAAAAAUCCAGAAGAAAAAUACCGACGAUCAAACUAAGCACCAAAAUAAUAAUGGUUGUGGUUUUGAGCAAUCCUUUUGGUGUAUUAAAAUGGCGUUCCACUGGGUUGAAAACGUUAAUACAGCAUCCUUUACGCCUAGAGAAUACCAAGUUGAGUUAAUAGAUGCUGCCAGAGACCGUAACAUUAUUAUGUGUCUUGCUCAAAACUCUGCUCGUGAUUUUAUAGCUUUAAAGAUAAUACAAGAACAUGCGAAUGAACUGAGAAGUGAUGUAUUACAUAUGAGGAAAAAGAGCGUAUAUUUGGUAGAUGAAGUAAGAGUGGAAUCAGUAGCUACUAUGCUGAAAUAUCUUACUGAUUUAGAUGUUGGUCUAGUAAAAAAUCCAUCUGACUUGGAUCAUCUUGAAGAAACAGUUCAGGUUUUAGUAACUACACCAUCUAAUUAUGCAAAUGCUUUAAUAUGUAGUUAUAUAGAUUUUCGUUCUGUAAAUGUAAUGAUUGUGGAAAAUUGCCAUAAUGUUGUUAAGGAAGACAAUGAAUUAAAGCAGGUUAUGGAUUAUAUUCGAAGUGAAUUUUCAAAUUCUUUGAAUACACGCAUUGUGGCAAUGACUGGGCCAUUGUAUUCAUGCAAAUGCUUUGGAGGAUUUCUUUCUGCCACUGUACAGAAUAUUGAAAAACUUAUGUUGUGUGAAGUAGAGACUGCUAGUGAUAUUGUUUCUUCCUUGAGGUACAGCACUCAGCCAGCACAACUAUUAAUAGAAUGCCAUGAACCUAUCAGCCAUGAGUUAGAUCUAGUGUUGAGGAAGCAUGUGAAUGAUGUCAGAAGUUUUCUAGCAGAUCAUAGAUUUGCACCAUACGAAAUCUAUGAUGAGGAAUAUAUAGAUGAAUUGAAUGCUAUGUGUGAUCCAAAAGAGGAACCAAAUAGGAUCCUGGACGAAUUUAUUACAACAUUAGAUGAGUUUGGUGUAUGGUGUGCUGAUAAAGCUGCAUAUAACUAUUUAGUUUAUUUACAAAAGCAAAAGUUGAAAACACCUUAUGAACGUCACUACUUGCUUUUGUCGCUGGUUGAAACUUUACUAGUAAAAAUCCGUUGUAUAUGUGACUAUGAGCUAUCUAAAUACAAUGAAAUUGACAGAAUAAUAAAAUAUUCCACACCAAAAGUUUUGCGGUUAAUGUCUGUUAUUAGAUCAUUCAAAUCGGAAACAAGUUCGUCUUGCUUAGAAACCAAUAUUCAGGCAUUAAAUGAGUGUAAUUUUAAAUCACUAAGUGAUCAAAUAGUGAAAAAGUGUGAAGAAUUAUCGAGCGAUAAUAAUGAAGUAGAGAAAUUAAUAAAUAAUUUUAAGGAUAUGAUCAACGUUAGUGAUGACCUUCAAGAUAAAGUUACCAAUAUUGAAGAAUUUGAUUGUUCAAAAGACUCUGGUCAAGGCUCUAGUUUGAGUAGUAAUUUAGCAAUUGAUAGAAGCUCAAGCAAUACCAUUAAUAACUCCCCCAAAUUUAAUAAGCAGAACAAACCAGAUCAACAUUUGCGUAAACAGCGAACGAGUAAACGAAAUUCAAAUGUAGGUCACAGAGGCCCAAGGUCUAAUUAUUACCAAUUGGAUCCAGAUGCCUUGUGCGGUAUAAUAAUAGUUGAAAGUAAAUGCAUGGCAAAAAUUUUAUUCGCCUUGUUAUGUGAACUAACUCGACAUCAUCCAGAUUAUGAGUUUCUAAAUGUUCAGUUCACAGCUGAAAAAUCAGCGGAUCCAAUUUUAGAUCCGAAAGAUGCUGAUGCUGAAAGCAGAGUGCAAGAAGACGUUCUAAGAAGAUUUAGAAUGCACGAAUGUAAUUUGUUAAUAGGCACUGCCAUGUUAGAACACGGCAUAGAUAUGCCACGCUGCAACUUGGUUCUUCAUUGGAAUGUGCCAAAUUCUUUCAGUAGUUUUGCUCAUAGCAAAGGCCGAGCAAGAGCGUCUAGUGCUUUGCAUGCAUUUUUGGUUACAAGUUCUUCCACAGAUUCAGCUGUUUGUAAACUUGCAGAAUACUGUGAAGUUGAACAAGUACUUCUUUCCAAAUGUAACAAUAUGGAACCUUCUGAAUGUGAUGAGAAAUAUGCAGACAGAUUUACAAAUUGUAUAAAAUCUUAUCAGCCUUCAUGUGAUGAAAAUAGUGCUAGUGUUAAUUUAUUGUCAUCUAUUGCAUUGGUUAAUAGAUAUUGUGCCAAGCUGCCAAGUGACACAUUUACGCGUUUAGCUCCUUUGUGGAAAUUAUAUGAAUUAAAUAGAAAUGGCAGAAUCUUGUUUCAGUGUGUUGUGAGAUUACCAAUUAACUCGCCCAUCAAGAAGGAUAUUAUAGGCUGUCCGGUACCAUCAAAAAUAUUAGCACGUCGUAUAGCAGCUUUUCAAACAUGUGUUGAAUUGCAUAAAGGUGGUGAAUUAGAUGAUAAUCUUCAACCCUUGGGUAAAGAAUGUUUAAAGGUGCAAGAAGAACUACAUCUGCUUGAUUUUUUUGAUGAAGAUGCUUGCAAUACUGAUACUUUGGAACCAAGACCUGGCACCACUAAAAGAAGACAGUAUUACUUUAAAAAAAUUGCUGACGCUUUAUGUGAAUGUAAACCUAUCGAAGGAGAACCUUGUCAUUUUUAUGAAAUCCAUAUGCAUUUAACUUGCCCUUUACCUGAUGAGCACAACACUCGAGGUCGUCAGAUUUAUGAUCCUGAAGAUUCUCCAAAUGGUUUUGGAAUCCUAACUAGAAAGUUCAUGCCUAAGAUUGGUAGCUUUCCUAUCUUUACCAGAUCAGGUGAAGUGAGUGUCUCAAUAAAUUUGAUCCAAUCUUCAAUUAUCAUAACAAAGAAAAGAAUGGAGAUGAUUUACAAAUUUAUUAAUUACACCUUUACAAAAGUGCUGAAAUUACAAAAAUUAUUUAUGAUUUUUGACCCUGAUAUUUCUAACCACUCUUAUUUUAUAGUGCCUACUCUUAAAGUUGAUCAAACAAUCCAAGUAGACUGGAAUUUUUUAGAAGUUAUUCAUGCAGAAGAGUAUUCCAAGCAAAUACUUGCACAUAAUUGUGCGGACACUACAGUGACACCUACUGAACCAAAAAACGAAUAUAUAUUCGAUCCUGAGAAGUUUCGAGAUGCAGUUGUGAUGCCAUGGUACAGGAAUCAGGAUACGCCUCAAUAUUUUUAUGUUGCUGAGAUUUGCAAAGAUCUAAAUCCUUUAUCACCAUUUCCUGGAUCAAAUUUUAAAUGCUUUGAGCAUUAUUACCGGUCAAAAUAUAAUAUAAAAGUUGGAAAUCUUUCACAGCCUCUCUUAGAUGUAGAUCACACUUCAGGAAGAUUAAAUUUCUUAACACCCAGGUAUGUUAAUCGUAAAGGAAUUGCAUUGCCAACUAGCUCUGAGGAGACAAAGCGAGCAAAACGUGAAGACCUCAGUAAUAAACAAAUUUUGAUACCUGAACUAUGUACAGUUCAUGCCUUUCCGGGUGCUUUGUGGCGGGCCGCAGUUUGUUUACCAUGUACACUAUAUCGUGUCAAUGGUCUUUUGGUUGCUGACCAAAUUAGAGCUGAGGUAGCAAAGGACAUAGGCCUGGGCACUAAACAAUUAGCAGAAAGUUCAGAGUGGCCAAAAUUAGAUUUUGGCUGGAGUCUAGCUGAAGUAUAUAGCAAAUCAAAAAACAAAAUUAACAAUCCGAUUGUGGAAUCAGUGAAAGUAGAUCCUAUAGAAAUAGUGGAUGCAUUAAACUCAAAGUCAAUAGAACUGCUUAAUGAAAAAUCUGAAGAAGUUGCACUGAUCAAUGAUAAUCCUGAUGAGAAUCAACUAGAAAUUGGCCUAUGGUCUAAUGAUAUGGCACCACUGGAUAAUGAGACAAAUUAUAAUGCAGUCGAAGGUGUAAGAUUUAGUUCACCUACACAGUGGAAUUCAAAUAGCAAUCGUGAUCCUUCAGAAAUAUAUAGUGAUAGUGAUUGUGAUGGUUCCUUUGACAAUUAUUCUGAUGAUGAUGAUGAUGAAUGUGAUGGAUCUGCAGCUGAUACAGGUCGACUACACAUUGAAUUUCAAAGUGACAAUCUUGCUGAGGCGAUUGAUAAUGAUUCUCACAAUCGAAAUCUUCCAUUAUUUAUGUCCCAGAACAAUGAUAAUGUGGAAUUAGAUUGGAAAAUUUCUGAUAUUGAUCCUGUUUUAAAAACAGAGUUUGUACAGCAAUAUAAUGACAGAAUUAAAAAAAUAAGAGAAAAUAUUAUCAACAAUGGCUCUUUGAUUAGAAGUGAAGUCGAAGUUCCAACAAGAAAAAUGUUGUUAAAGAACCAAGUACCAAAGUUUAGUGAAUCAAAUUCGCAUUUUAUGCAUGAACUGAUUUAUUGUCAAUCUUCUACAAAUCUGGGAAAUCAAAUCUCUAUUGAAGAAUUAAUUGAAUUGAAUGAGAUUUAUGUGAAAGAACAUGGUGAGGAUUCUAAGAGGCUCAUAAAUAAUGCAGAUCAUUAUGAAGGGAUUGAUAUGGAUAAAGUGUUCUCAAAUUUGGAUAAGAAUAAAAACAAAAAAGUAAUCAAACCCCAUGAAACUGAUUUUAAAUUCAGUUUUGAUUAUCAACCGGAUCUUGAAAAACACCCAGGACCCAGCCCAAGUUUAAUUUUGCAAGCAUUAACAAUGUCAAAUGCUAAUGAUGGUAUUAAUUUAGAAAGAUUAGAGACCAUAGGUGAUUCCUUUCUAAAGUAUGCUAUAACAACUUACUUAUAUUGCACAUAUGACAACAUACACGAAGGAAAACUUAGCCAUUUACGAUCUCUACAGGUUAGCAACUUACACUUGUACAGAUUAGGAUAUAAAAAAAAUUUAGGAGAAAGUAUGAUAGCCACAAAGUUCGAACCACAUGAUAACUGGUUGCCUCCAUGCUUUCAUGUACCAAAGGAUUUGGAAGAUGUUUUAACGGAAGCAAACAUUCCUGCAUCAUUAUGGGAUAUGGUAAAUGUACCUUUAAGUCUUUCUUUGCCUAAAGAUGAAUUGGUGAAACAGGUUCGAAGGCGCGCUAUAGAAUUAGGAUUGCUAGUGGAAAGUACUGAUGAAAUGAAUGAAGGUUCCGAGUUAAAACGUGUUUUAACAGAAUCAGAUUGUGGGCCUAGUGGUAUGAUUCCCUACAAUCUGAUAACUCAACAUAGUAUACCUGAUAAAUCAAUAGCAGAUUGUGUUGAGGCACUUAUUGGUGCAUAUCUCAUUGAAUGUGGGCCACGUGGUGCACUGUUGUUUAUGUCUUGGCUUGGUAUUAAAGUUCUUCCUUUAUAUGAAAAACCUUGCACGGAACAAGAAGCGAAACAAGUUAUUAAUGAGAAUAUUGACAGGAAUGCCGGAUAUUUAAAACCACCGUUUUAUGGUAACAUUGUAAUACCACCUUCACCUUUAGUUAAAAAAAUAAAAUAUCCUGAGCAAUGCCUUGAAAAUCUUCUUAUUGGCUAUGAUGUUUUGGAGGAACAUCUGGGCUAUAAGUUCAAAGAUAGAUCUUACUUGCUACAGGCGAUGACCCAUGCUUCGUAUUCGCCUAAUAGGCUUACUGAUUGUUAUCAACGUUUAGAAUUUCUUGGUGAUGCAGUUUUAGAUUAUUUAAUAACACGGCACUUAUAUGAUGCUCCCCAAAAACACUCACCUGGGGCUUUAACUGAUCUGCGCAGUGCUCUAGUCAACAAUAUUAUAUUUGCUUCUCUUGCGGUUCGGCAUGGUUUUCAUCGCUAUUUUCUACAUCGUUCACCAGGUUUACAUGAGGUAAUUGCUAGAUUUGUUGCUGUACAAGAAGCCAGCGGUCAUGCAAUUACAGAAGAGUAUUAUUUAAUGGAAGAAGAUGAAUGCGAAGCAGUUGAAGAUGUUGAAAUACCAAAAGCACUUGGUGACUUAUUUGAAAGUGUAGCCGGGGCCAUAUUUCUUGACUCCGGCAUGAGUUUAGAUGCUGUGUGGCGUGUUUACUAUACUAUGAUGCAGAACGAACUAACACAAUUUGGGAACAGUGUACCUAAAAGCCCUAUUAGAGAAUUGCUGGAGAUGGAACCUGAAACUGCUAAGUUUGGGAAACCAGAAAAAUUAGCAGAUGGUCGACGGGUAAGGGUUACUGUGGAAGUAUUUGGUAAAGGAACAUUCAAAGGAAUAGGUAGAAAUUAUAGGAUUGCAAAAUGUACCGCUGCAAAAUGUGCAUUAAAAAAGCUAAAAGCACGAAAUAAACAGACAUGACUGUCAAAGAAAUAAAAGGGAGACCUAUACAUUUUACCAUGUGAAUUUAAGACUGCCAUGGUAAAUUGUGUAUUAAUGCCAAUUAUUUAAUUGUAAGUAUAUUGAAAGAAAAAUAGCGAAAUUUGGUUUAAUAUAAAACGGCUUGAGCGUUUGUUAUAGUAUAACUACUAUAUAAGUAAAGUAUAAAUUUUCAA